UCGACUGCUAUAAAUAUGGACAUUACUUGUGUUCCUAUUUCUUCAUCUCCAAUACACCACUCUUACUACAACAACACAAGGCAAGGCAAUCAAGAAAGCCCCAGAUUUCUAAACAUGACGAUUACAGAGUUGAGAGUUCAUAUGGACUGCGCUGGCUGCGAAACCAAGAUAAAGAAGGCUCUUAAGAAAAUCAGAGGAGUAGAUGAUGUGUAUACAGACGUUUUCAUGCAGAAGGUAACAGUCAUGGGUUGGGCAGACAAAAAAAAGGUUCUGAAAACAGUUAGAAAGACUGGAAAAAGAGCAGAGCUGUGGCCAUAUCCAUAUAACCCUGAAUACGAUAACUACAAUACCCAACAAUAUUAUUACCACCAAAAUCAAAACAUGACCAGUGAACCAAAUAUCAUGACCUUCUAUCGAGCACCACAAGCACAACCCUCUUCUAAAUACAACUACUACAAACACGGCUACGACAACGGCGACGAUUAUGGCAGAUACCAACCACCACUCUACUCCUCCAUCAUAGACGAGCAAGCCAGUGCCGUUUUUAGCGAUGACAAUCCCAAUGCUUGCUCCAUCAUGUAGUCAUGAUGGCCGGUGUACAAAUAAUAAUCAAGCAAUUAGUAGUCCUGAUUAUAUGUAUUGGAGUGAUGAGCGAUGUUUUAAUUUGUGCUUGCAUAUGUAAUUAACCAAACUUCCUGUAUGUUUUGGUUUGUAAUUUUGUGUACUGUAUGUGUGACAAAUUACUUAUCAUCAAUAUAAGGAGGUGUUACCUUCUACUAUAUGGUUUUUCA